GUCUCUUCGUGAGAGGGAGCUUGCAGAAGCUGCUUUCUGAUUGGUCGAUAGCUGCUGAGUGCCUCCAUUUUAUGCAUGCAGGCCGCCAUUUGCCAUGUUGAGGGAGUUUGAGUGGCAGUGAUCAAGUACCCACCCUUUCCCGCUAAAGUGAAGACAAGUGUUUAUGCGACACAACGGCUGUCCACGUUGUCGGAUCCGCUAGACAAAGGGUUCGACACUCGUCCAAGUGUUGGCACGGGAGAGUAUUUAUAUAUUUUUUUUGUUUUGGUCGCCGGCGUUUUCGCCGCCCUAACCACCAUUCACGCUGGAAGCUCCGUACGGGUCCAACAUGGACGACCAACAAAGGCUGAUGCAUCCCCAAGGCCCAGUGAGCAUGGCGAGUGUCAUGCCGCAACAAGGGGGAUACGACGGAAUGCAGUCAGCUGCACCAGAUCCAGACCAGAGGAAACAAGAAAUUGGAGACAUUCUUCAGCAGAUUAUGACAAUUACUGACCAAAGUCUUGAUGAGGCCCAGGCAAGGUCAGUGGACAGGAAACACACACUGAAUUGUCAUCGAAUGAAACCUGCACUCUUCAGUGUGCUUUGUGAAAUCAAAGAGAAGACAGUGUUGAGCAUACGCAACACACAAGAAGAGGAGCCGCCAGAUCCUCAGUUGAUGAGGCUUGAUAACAUGCUUAUUGCGGAAGGAGUAGCUGGUCCAGAAAAGGGUGGGGGCUCAUCUGCAGCAGCCAGUGCAACAGCUGCAGCAGCAUCAGGAGGGCAGCCAGAGAGUGCUAUUGAACACUCAGACUAUCGUGCAAAGCUUGCCCAGAUUAGACAGAUCUAUCACACAGAGUUGGAGAAAUAUGAACAGGCUUGCAAUGAAUUCACCACUCAUGUCGUAAAUCUUCUUCGGGAACAAAGCCGAACACGACCUAUUGCACCUAAAGAGAUAGAACGAAUGGUGGCAAUCAUUCGCAAAAAGUUUUCGGCCAUCGAAAUGCAGCUAAAACAGAGCACUUGUGAGGCAGUCAUGAUCCUAAGGUCCAGGUUCUUAGAUGCCAGACGGAAAAGACGGAAUUUCAGCAAACAAUCAUCCGAGGUGUUGAAUGAGUAUUUCUACUCGCAUGUGAGUAAUCCAUACCCUAGUGAGGAGGCUAAGGAGGAACUAGCCCGAAAAUGCGGGAUAACUGUGGCACAGGUGUCAAACUGGUUUGGCAACAAGCGGAUCAGGUACAAGAAGAAUAUUGGCAAGGCACAGGAGGAGGCAAAUCUCUAUGCAGCAAAAGCAGCUUCCGCAGCAUCAGCACAGCAGCUGGUGCAAGCUGUGUCAGAUCCUUCCUCUCCUCCAGGUUCAAACUAUGGCCUUUCAUCGCAAGGAAUGGGAGGACAGCAAGGUGGAAUGUACAUGAACCUCAAUGGUGAAAGCUACCAAGGCGACAACUCUGUUAGUGCUUUGCGGCAUGUCAUUGCACAGACUGGGGGCUAUAGUACCGAAGGCGCCCCUACUUCUGCUGGAAUGUUUGACCCCAAUAUGUACAACCAGUAACUGCUGGCGAAGAUGUGUAUGGCGAGAGAAAGGACACCCAGUCUUCAUGCUUCACUGAAUGAAAAUUUCUUCAUUGUACUUUGGCAACUUCUCAAGAAACCAGACAUUCUUGUUUGUGGAUAUUUCUUAAGCAAAGCCAGUUCUGUACCUUAAAGUAUAGCAGUGUGGGAUGCCUUUGUUUAGUAUUGCAUCUGGGGUUUCUUGUUGAAUCAGGGGAAACAAAUAACAAAAGACAACUGAUAUUCAGCAAUCAGAACAAACUUCCCCCAUCUAUUCUUAACUACUUUGAAAUAAUGCUACAGAUACUAGCAUUUAUUAUUAAAAGAUUUCAUAUUUGCUUUCAGUUGCUCUUUUUUUAUUUGGUUGUGAGUCUUUGAUCAUGUGGUUCAGUGCAUUUCUGAAUUGAUAGUCAUUCAAAAAUUAUGGUUUGUCUGUGGCUGACGGGUGUCUUGAUUAAACUAUCUUAACGUGACUUUCUUCGUUUGUCUUGGUUUAUGGAUUUUCCCACCACUAGAAUGGAAGCAAUACAUUGUUUACAAAAACCUUAUAAUUUAUGAAGAUUUUAUCAUCAUUAGUUAAAAGGUUGAUAGUAUGUCCAUGACAAUUUUUAAUACUGCAACAUUGAUAGUUUUUUCUGUCCUUUGAAAAGCUUUAAAUAUAGUUUCUAUAACUUAUAUUUGUACAAACCUCAUUCUUCACCAAACUCUGUUGAAAACCUUGUAAACCUUUGUUUUGCUUAGUUGGCUGGGAACUUACAAGACUAGUUUUGGAAUUAUUUUAAUGAAAGCCCCCAGUUUAUUUCCAAGCCAGUUAAGUGUAUUUUAUGAUAAAUGAUUCACCAUUUUUGUGUCAGAGACAUUGCAAAUCCUUAAAAUCUGAUAUGUGAACUCAACAGGUUGAUGUUAAGGUAAAAUAUGAGUACAGUAGAAUAUGAGAUGAAUGUUCUUGAUGGUAGUGACAUCAAGCAGUGGAAGUAUGGGUGGGGAAAAUUAUUUGAAAACAAACAUGCACUUAUACUAAAGUUUACAUAUUAGAAUAAAGUAUAUGGUGUUAAAAAGUCAGUUCCUGUUGCAAAUUAGUAAUUUAUAAUUUAAAAAGACUUGAGAAUGAAUAAUAGUGUAAAUAUCAUUUAAAACACGUUUGCAAAUAAACAUUUCUUUUUUUAAACUCAUGGCAUUUAUGAUUUUUACAGAACAAACAUUUUGUUCUGUUGUGGACACAGAUUUUCCCAUGAAUACAACAUUUUACAAUUGAAAGCUGUGGGUUGGUGUACACGUAAAUAACCCUACAUUCUAAGCUCAGAGGUGAAUGUAGGCCACAGUAAACGUGUGACAGUUUGGACAAAUGUAUCCUAACGCAUUGUCAUAACAAGAACCCUACUUUUGUGACUUAAAAAUGAGGUGUUGAAAUGCUGGUAAAUAUUAAGAGGAACGUCGGGCAGAUAGCAUAGGUAACAGACCAGUUUGCUUCACUAGAAGCGUUUUUUUUUUUCCCAAAAAGUCUUUUGUCAAUUAUGGAAAAGUACUAAAUACUAUGUAGAUGCUAGGAAAACAUGCUACUGAGCACUUAUUUAAAAGAUGCUGGUGUGGAUGUCUUUAAGGAUUAGAACAAAAUACUUUUGAUUUUGUGUGAUGAAUUGGAAUCUAAUCUGCAGUCAUGUUUGUCUUUCUGAGGCACAGAUGAAAUGUAAUUUAUUAUGUUCAGAAUAUUAAAAUGUUGUGUGAAUAAUAAUGAUGAUGCACAAUAGAUCAAAUGUAGUUAGUCUUAAACAGCUCAGGCAGAUGUUCAGCAAAUAUUUACUUGAGAAGGAAACUGAAGGAACUUUGGGCUGCAUUGUACAUGCGAUUAAAAAAAAAAAUCACAUUGUCAUGAUGUGCAGAAGACAACAUUUAAUAUAAACUAUUCUAAUGAUAGCAACCUGUAUGUUCUCAUCAUGUACUGAUUAUUGUUUUUCAUGCUUAUUGUGAAUUGAUCAUAGUAUCCAUGCUAAUGUAAAUGAAAAUCACUCUUGGAAUUGGGAUGUUUGACUUGCUAGUUGUCAGUAAAGCCAUGUUUUGUAUUUUAGUUUGUGUAUAGUCUGUGCUCAUAAUUUUGUAUGUCUUUGCAUGAAUCCUCUUUGAAAAGAAUGCAUGAAUCAUUUUUAUCAUAUGGCAGUGCUUGUCAUAAGUAAUUAUGCCUCUUGAUUGCCACUUCACAUGUUGUCUUGUGGAAGCAUUCGCUACAGGAAAUGUCUGUAAACAGUAUCACUUUCAACUUUCCUUUUCCACCCAAACCUUAUAUCCUGCAUGUGCAACAGUUGUCAAAGAACAUGCAGGAGUUAGCAAGAUCUCACAUUAGUUUUUUGCAGUCAUUCAGGCUUCAUGACUCGCAUUUACAACAGCAAAGGUAGAGAGUGGCACAUUAAACAGACUGUUACGUAAGUCUGCAGCUAAUGUGAAACAAAAAUAAUAUGCUGGGAAGCAUAUGUACACAAAUUUUGUGAAUAUAAAUGUUUUGUGCUUUUUAUUUUUUUUUGUAUAAAGGAUAAAUUAGGAAAUGUUCUACUGUGCAGCAUGUUUCUUGUUCUUAUGUUUGAUCAGGCCAGACGCUUCACCAUUUCUUUCGUACAGCCUUUUUAAAAAAAAUUAUCCAAAAAAGCAGAUUACGAAUGUAGAUAUUAAUUGUGUUGUUUACGUGUUGCAUAAUAUUUAUAUUAUUGCACAUUACAAAGAAAGGCCAAACUAAGGUACAUUGUUUUUAUUGGUUUUGAUCAAGAACUGCAUCGGACAAAAACAGUGCAUCAUUCUGGUUUUUAAAAUUAAAGAUAUUUAAAUGUAUAAAACACAUCAGGUCAGAUUAAAAUAGGUACAUUUAAUAUUUUCUCUAUCUGGAUGCACCUUGACAACCAAGAAGAAUGUUGAUUUUCUAUCAGAAAUUCAAACUCCUUUUUUGAGAGAUGGGGGGAAUUACUUGUGGUUCAAAUGCUUAAAAAUUAUUUGUGAUGUACUUAUGAACCUGCAAAUUUGGUCAUGUUAAAGGCUGUGAAUACAUACACGUGCAACAUACUGGGUGAUACUGCAGAUACAUCAAUGGCUACCAAGUAGUUUAUAGGAACAAAAAUAAAAUAAAAAUCACAAAUAGAAUGAAGGUGUCUUUGGUUAACGUGAUGCAUAAGAUAAGCAUGUUAAAUACCAAACCUUAUUGCAGAAAAUCUUAUGAAAAAAACAAAACUUUUGGAUCAAAAUUUCUUUCUAAGAAAUUAAAUUUUAUUUUGUAACAUAGAACUAAGAAGUCUUAUUUUUUCUGAUAUGUGCCUUUUUUCUGUUUUGCUAUUUUAUUAUUAUUUUUUGUUUGGUCGUGACCUCUGUGGAGCUCAGAAGAGUUUAUCUCCCCAUUUCACCAACCAUUUUUGACGCAUGCUUGUCAUCUGUACAUGCAUACUUUCUCACAAUGUACAAAUUUACAUUGACACUUUAAAUAUUUCCUUAUUUACUGUUAUAUCAAUACAAGGCUAACACAAAGGAAGCCUUGUUAGUAUUUAUGCUGUAUACUUGCAAUUGUACUAUAUAAUAAAAUAGUAAUAUGAAGGAAA